AGCUUAUGGCUGAAAGCCCCCUAAAAAGCCCUCUAGGGCGCCAUGACUGGUGUGAGAUUUGAGGCGCCACAUCACACGCAAUCCGAUCCUCCCAGGCACGCCAAGUUAGAGUGACGGAUCCUCCGUAGACUAUGCCCAACGUCGGCCGUCGUACGGUAUCGAGGCUACUGCUCCGAUGCGAGUCCCAACAGUUAGGUUCCUGGGUCCACGGCGCCUCCCAACAACGGCGUGGCCGCGGGACGCCUACCGAGUCUUCCGGCCUUCGAUAAGAUUUUAUCGCCGAGAUGAGAUCAGUCAUCAAAAAAAGGAUCCGACUUUCAAAAUAUGAAGGCUGACGCUCCCUCUUUGCGAAGACUAAGCUGAUUCCCAAAUAUUCUGCUUAGUUUUUUCUUGCCUAAGCCUGCAGCUUUUCUUUCUCUGUCUCACUGUCAGUGUAGUCUCAUCGCCCGCGGUGCAUAACCACGAAGCUAUCGAAAUGGUACCUAAAUCAGACCCGUUCCCGGGCUUCACAGCCAUAACCGACCAGAUUUUCUUCCGAGAAGGCGAACAGGCAACAGAGGGCACUCAACCACCAGCAAACCACCCGAGAGUCGUCAUCAUCUACAGUUGGGGCGACGCCAUACCCAAACACGUCUCUAAAUACGCCAACGGAUUCCGCACACUCUUCCCGCACGCAAAACAAAUCGCCGUGCUCUCGCCCAUCGUCAAAGCGAUGAGGGAGGACCUCCAGACCCGCUCCAACAACAUGAAGCCCGUCCUAGAAGCCGCAUAUCCCUCAGCAACGUCCGGAACACCAGACCCCAACGAAGACGCCGUCCUCAUGCACGUCAUGUCCAACACGGGCGGCAUCAACUACGCCGGAACGCUGCACGCCUACCAAGAAAGGUUCGGCCGCCCCAUGCCGCAUCGCCUGUCUAGCUACGACUCUACGCCCGGCAGCGUAAUCAUGACCUGGAACAACCUCAAGCGCUGGUCUCUGGCCAUGACCCUCGGCACCGCAGGCUGGUUCCCCUGGCCGUUUGUCGUGACGCAGUGCAUUAUGGGUGUCUUCCUCCUUCUGAACCACAGCUUCGAGCAUCUCACCGGCCGUGAGAGCGCACCGGUCUUUAGUGUCGCGGCGAUCGGCGACACGAAGUAUGUUUCCAAGGAGUCACGCAAGUUGUAUCUGUACAGCAAGGAAGAUCGGCUCAUUGGCUGGGAGGAUAUUGAGGAGAACAUUGCCGAGUCCAAGGGCAAGGGCUACGCCUAUGACGCAGUACGAUUCGAAGGAAGCGAUCAUGUUGGGCACAUGCGCAUGCAUCCUGAUCAGUAUUGGGGCGCUAUUGCAUCGGCAUGGAAAGAAACGUGAGAUUGUCCAAAGACCGGAAGGGCUGACCAGGACGUGUAGAGGCUUCGCGGUGUUAAGUAGCUCUGCCUAAGUGUAGAAAGGAUAGACUUGUGAUGAUAAUGAAAAUAGUUAAAGUAGAUGCACGCGAUAUGACGUCAGCAUUUCUUCAUACGUUGCUAAGAUCAGCCCUGAGCUAUCUAAUAAGUCGUCUUGCAAGAUCGCAAGCCUACAACCCAUGCCGUACGAGAUCACCGACGAACGACCUCGAAGGG